AUCUUGGUUAUUAUAAAAAACGACAUGCAAAUCACCAACAUUGAAUACAUUUGAUUUCCUAAGAUUAUAUAAACCUAGUACACUUAUUCUCAAAAAUCCAAAACCAAACUACAAAGCUUAGUUAUAUAAAAAAAAAAAAACAUCAAAAUGAACACAAUUUUUUUGUUUGUGUUUUGCUUUCUAGUUUGUAUUGCAGAAGCAAAAGUUGAAUACAAACUUUUCAAUGUGAUGAAUUAUGGUGCACGUGCUGAUGAUAGAACUGAUAAUAGUGUGGCAUUUUUGAGAGCAUGGAAUGAUGCAUGUAGUCGGAGAGGAAAAUCAACAAUUUUGGUUCCACAAGGAUCAUAUAUGCUUCAUGAAAUUAUAUUUAGUGGUCCAUGUAAUGCUUGGAUGAACUUUCAAAUUGAAGGAAGAUUGAAAGCUCCAAGUGAUAUAUAUUUGUUUAGGACUGAUAGUUGGAUAAGUUUUAGAUACGUUGACAAGUUAAAUGUUGGUGGAGGUGGUACAUUGGAUGGUCAAGGAGCUUUUGCAUGGACCAAAAAUGAUUGUGAGAAGAAUCAAAAUUGUCGAACACUUCCGACGACGAUGACAUUUCAGUUCGUCACGAAUGGUUAUAUCCAUCACAUGCGUUCCAUUAACACAAAACAAAAUCAUUUUGUGUUGUAUGGAUGUAAGGACAUGGUGUUGACAAGAUUGAAGUUAAUUGCUCCUUUCAAUAGCCCUAACACGGACGGUAUAAAAAUCGCGAUGUCGACGGGAGUAACGAUCACGAGUGUGAAUAUUGGAACGGGCGACGAUUGCAUUGCUAUGCUCUAUGGUACUAAAGGGGUUCGGAUUUCGGAUGUUUAUUGUGGACCUGGUCAUGGAAUUAGUAUCGGAAGUCUUGGGAAGAGUAACGGCGAAGACGAUGUUGAUGAUAUUGUUGUAAAGAAUUGUACAUUUAGUGGUACAAACAAUGGUGUUAGAAUCAAAACAUGGACAGCUGUUUUGCAGAAGAUUAUGCAUGUUUCUAACAUUCAUUAUGAAGAUAUUGUGAUGGAGAAUGUGCAAAAUCCCAUUGUCAUUGAUCAAAAUUAUUGUCCAAGUCAUCCAUGCCGUCCAAAGGGAGGAGUUUCAAGUGUUGAAAUAAGCAAUGUGAGUUACAGAUUUAUUAGAGGAAGUGGAAAUUCAAAUGUUGCAGCAAGUUUGCAGUGCAGUCCAAAUAAACCAUGCCUAAACAUUACAAUGGAUACUAUUAAUUUGUGGCCUAGUGGUAAGGGUAAAAAACUAAACAAUGAGUGUUUGAAUGUUAAUGGUGCUUCUUAUGGUAUACAGAUCCCCAGUCCUUGCAUGUAGUUUUCUCGAGUUUUAUCUGCUCGUUGAUCCAGAGAUUUCGUCUGUGUCAAUACGAAGCGUACUAGAGUACAUAUUGGUGUAAUAUUAAGAAUAAUGUUGCAUCAACUCGAAUUAGGUGUAAGAGAUGCAACAAAUGUGUAACAUUGUGUGUGUUUGUGGUAUGAAACCUUUUUGCAGCAAGAAUAGUUUUUUUUAUGUAUUAUUCAAUUUUUUUGUCUGAGGAAUUGGUGUAAGAAAAAAUGAAAUGAAAUAAUACAAUACAGUCUUUAA